AUGUCGCUACCAGCCAAACUGGAUCUGGGGGUCGAUUGGGAUCAAGCUACGCAUCACACUGUGCUGGAUUUUCCUCUCACAAGUAUUUGUACUUUUGCUGGUAAUGCUGCUGAGGCUCCCUCUCCAACAUGGAGGCAUUUUCUAGUACGCGACGCAUACAUUCUCUCCACACGAGCUUGCAUACUACGUGCUCGGACUCAUCGUGAACGAACAAGCAAUCGUUACAACAUAGCUCGUUUUCACAAAGCUACGUCAUCGAAUGGUCAUUGGAGGAUCAAGCCUUUUCUCCUCAAACUCAUUGGUACUACCCCCUCUACCCCCACCCCGCUCAAUAUCACCUCUGAUUUUUAUAACUUGGUGUCACCCAUUACUCGCUCUGGUCUCACUAUCGACAACUUCAAGCGCAAGGAUUUUCGAUACAGCUUCUUACCGCCUCUUCAAGACUUGCCCAAUGACUACCCUCGUGCAACUCCUGGUGCAUGGCAUCGUUUUUGGAAUUCAGCCCAUAUCCCUCAUCGUGCUACAACAGUCCUUUGGCGUCUCCUACAUCACCGCAUAUCGUCACGUGCACGUUUACAUCGUCUCAUUCCCACCUCAUGUAAAUCCAA